CAAAGUUCAAUCAUACGGCGGGGUUUCGAGUUUGGCAUGUUCGGGCAUGAUGCUGUAAAAGUAAAAGUUAUGUGACCAGCAGCCGACCAUUCAAUUUUGUGAACAUUUGUAUCAGGGGUAAAUCUUCGUGAGAAUCUUUGUGCACUGCACUGUCAAGCAUAUUAUUACAUAGUUACGAUACUCUGAAAAUGCCAGUAAUAAAGUUGCAGCACGUCGUAUCAUGCAGUAGCGAGGAUACUACGACCCACAAAGUGGACAACUUGUUGAAACCAGAAUCCUACCGAAAGUGGAAGUGUGCCGAGAAUGCUGAGCGGCAUGCCUCCGUCAUCUUGCAGUUUGAGAAAGCCUCGCAGAUCCAUUCUAUUGAUGUUGGCAAUGAAAGCUCGGCAUUUGUGGAGGUGUUGGUUGGUCACUCCACCUCCACCGCUCUCGAUGACUAUCAGGUCAUCCUGGUGACGUCGUCCUUCAUGAGUCCCAUGGAGAGCAAGAACGGCACCAACACCAACCGCGUCCGCAUGUUUGGACCGGACAAGCUCUCCAAGGCUGCCAUGGACAAAAAGUGGGACCGGGUGAAAGUCGUCUGUUCCCAGCCCUUCAACAAGUUUAUUUCAUAUGGCUUGUCUUUCAUUAAGUUUCACUCCCCGCCGACGGAGGAAGAUGAAUCCAGUACGGCAGCCAGCCAACAGUCUCAGGCGACCUCCAGACUCGGCAAGUUCAAACUGAAGGAAGACCCCAAGACGGCCUCCAUCACCCCAGGAGCUUUCUUCAAACAGAGAAGCAUCACCAAGGCAGAUCCGGCACCCCUAACAGGUGCUGCAGCAGUCCGUGCAGCAGCAACGUUAGCAGCGACGUCAUUAACAGCCUCAGCCACAACAUCACAAGCGGCCACUGCAUCAGUAGCACCGAGUCAGACCCAGCAGGGACCACCAAAGACAAUCCCCUCCACUGCCCCACACAAACAGAGCGACACCAGGACUGACGCAUCUCAGAAGGUGACCCAGAAGAGGAGACUGUCGGACGAAGACGUGGCACCCCCCAAACGAGUUGACACGAAGGUAGCGGCCGCAAGGCGAGAUGAUGCAGAUAGAGAGGAAGGGAGGAGUAAAGCCCCACCCCCAAAGAAGAGCAGAGAGGAAUCAUCAAGGCAGACAACCAAGUCCAAGUCCUUCGAGAGGCAGAUGGAAGGGGUGACAUUCGUCCUGAGCGGUUUCCAGAACCCACUCCGAGGCGACCUCAGGGAAAAGGCCCUGGAGAUGGGCGCCAAGUACCGGCCAGACUGGGGAUCCGGAUGCACGCAUCUUGUCUGUGCCUUUGCCAACACGCCAAAGUUCAACCAGGUAAAGAACAAGGGGAAGAUAGUCACCAAGGCCUGGAUCCUGGACUCCUACAAGAAGAAGUCAGUGCAGCCUUGGAGGAGGUACAGUAUGCUAUCGGAUAGUGACGAGAGCUCAAGCUACGAGGAAGAAAGCGAAACGGAUGAGGAGGAUGACUGGGAACCAACCAAGAGAAGGAAGCCAUCUCCUCAGAAAGCCACACCCACAAAAGCCAUGCCCAAAAAUGCCACGCCUAGGAAGGCCAUGCCCAAGAAGGCCACGCCCAAGAAAGCUACAACCAGAGAUGCAGAGGAUGGCGAUGGCGUAGGUCAGGGUGCAUCAGGGUCUCCUCAACAGGCUAAACCCUCGGAGCCUGAUGCAAAGGAGGACGACAAUUGCAGCACGACCGACAUUGACAGCGAUGCAGAGGAGGUUACCAUUACCGCGUCGUCCAGGCAACAGGAUGAGAUGUCAUCAGGAGGAGACACAGAGGAUGAACUGAGGAGGAUACAGGAAAAGGGAUGUGAGGGAAAAGUGACUGCCAAAGACAACUACGACAGCUCCACGGACGAAGAGGUAGACAUUCCAACAGCGGGCAAGCCAGAGAGUGCCGCCCCUUCCUUGCCAGACAUCCCCGACCUGCCGGAUUUCUUCACCAACAAGAUCUUCUUCCUGUACGGCAAAUUUGAUGCUGAAGACAGGAGACAGAUCACAAGGCUCAUCGUUACUUUUGACGGGACUGUGGAGGAUUACAUGACUGAUGAGGUAUCUUACGUGAUAACCAACGCGCACUGGGAUGAGAACUUUGACAAGGUAGGGGCCACUCAUUCCAUCAACACCGGAUUUCUAUUCUUGUAAAGAAAGGAGUGGAAACUUCUUUCAGCUAAACUUAUUUUGCCAGUGGUGGCUUUAAAACCUGCCAGGUAGGACCAAAUUCUCAAAGCUGCUGAAUAGACAAAUUUGAUGAGCUAAGUUAUGUGCUAAGCAGAAAUUAACUGGGAACCAGUGAAAUGCAUGACAUUUUGGCCUGUCAGCUGUUUUUCUUAGUGAAAUUUUCCUGAGCUAAUCAGCAGGUCUGUGAAAUUGUCUAGUGCAGGGGUGUCCAACUUGUACCCUCUGUACACAUUUGGGACUCUGGUGUAAGGCACGUAUUAGGCGGGUCCCCUGCUGAAAGUUCCCUUAACAAGACUUCACAUUUGUUGGUUCAGACAUCACAAGACUAAAAGGGAUGAAACAUCCUUGGAAAAAUGCACAGGCCUUGGAAUGCAUUAAACUUUUGUUAUGAGCCCAAACUUGAAACGAUGUGAAAUGAACCACAUGAAUUUGAGUUUGAUAACACACUAAGUAUGAACUGGUCUGUAUACCACUGAAUUCAAACAAGUUAACC